UAUGAAGGCAGGAUCACCUUCUUCAUGUCGACUGGAUCUCUGGAGCUCAGGAACUUGGCUAUUGCUGACAGUGGAGAUUAUUCAGUUACCAUUUUAGAAACUGGAAAACGACCACAGACAGGGAGCACAAGACUGAAAGUUGAAGCACCAGUCUCCAAUGUAAUGGUAACCUCCAGCAGCACAGAGCUGGUGGAGUUCAACAGCUCCGUCAGUCUGUCCUGCUCCUCCUCUGGAUCCUCUCUCUCUUUCCUCUGGCUGAACAGCAGCUCUGAGGUUACAGGAAGUGACAGAGUUCAGAUCACUGAUGGAGGAUCCACUUUAACUAUAGUUAAUGUGACCCGCUACGACCAGGGACCCUUCAGGUGUCGUGUAUCUAAUCCUGUCAGUGAGGGAACCAGUGAUCCACUAACCCUCACCAUCUACUCACCAGUCUCCAAUGUAACAGUAACCUCCAGCAGCACAGAGCUGGUGGAGUUCAACAGCUCCGUCAGUCUGUCCUGCUCCUCCUCUGGAUCCUCUCUCUCUUUCCUCUGGCUGAACAGCAGCUCUGAGGUUACAGGAAGUGACAGAGUUCAGAUCACUGAUGGGAAUUCCACUUUAACUAUAAAUAAUGUGACACGCUACGAUAAGGGAGCAUUCAGCUGCCGUGUAUCUAAUCCUGUCAGUGAGGGAACCAGUGAUCCAGUAACCCUCAUCAUCUACUAUGGCCCAGAAAAUGUUAAUUUGAAAAUAUCUCCGCCUCAUGCACCCUAUCUGGAAGGAUCAAACAUCAGCCUGAGUUGCUCAGCUGUCUCCAACCCUUUGGUCCACUAUACAUGGUUUCUGAAUGGGGGCCUGCUGUCAAAAGGAUCGCAGUUCAAUCUGACAAACAGUCAGAAAAAUCAAAGUGGAAGCUACAGCUGUCAGGCGUUUAACAACAAAACUCUGAGAUAUGAAACAUCUCAUCCUGUAACCAUCUCUGUACUGGGUAAGUUUUGUACAAAGAAAUACAGAUGGAAAAUAUGGGAUGUAUCUGAGAAUAAAGCAUCGGAUAUGUAAGGGAUAAUGUGCAAGGGGCACUGCGCGUUGGGAUCCUGCUCACUUUUUUUUAUAUUUGAUCGCCUCGCUGCACAUUUUCCCUCUUAUUACAAGGCUACAUACUACAUACAAAAUCAUGACCCACAAUAUUGAUUGAUCGUA